AUGAAAACAGCUCCUUGUACCGCUUCAAGAGACAGUAAACCCUAUUGUCCGUGUGGUGUAUCAGUAAGAGUUGGUAGAGAAGUGUUUGUAAUAGAACGGUGUGCACCAUUAAAGUACUGGAGGAUAGAGUAUUUACAGUGCAGUGUGACUGGUUUUAAAUUAAUUGAUAUAAAGAGAUCAGGAAACAACUAUGAGUUUAAGCUACCAAGUGGUUUAAUAAUGAAAACAUCCGUUUAUCAGCAACGACAAUUCAUCAAUCUCUAUCUCUACCCAUCACAAACUGAUACAGUAGCUACUGGAUUGUGUGGACAGGUUGGGAGUGAUAUAUUCUAUAAGAGAGACCGUACCACUGUUGCCCAUGUCAACUAUCCUGGAAUGCCUGACUUUUCCUCUUCUUGGAGCGUUCCAGACGCUAACAUUGAUCUAUUUUCUGACGAAAUUAAGUUACUUGAUCCAGUAGAAACUGGUGGUUUCUUCUGUAAAUGCACGACCCCAGUAGGGUCAACUGAACCACAAUUUACUUGUGAAAAGUCUGAUGAUACUUGUGCUGUAACUAUUGGAAGUUCAGAAUCUGUUGAUCAAUGUAUAGUUGGUGGUCUGCAAUCAAAACGGUCUAUAAAGAGUCACAGGUCCAGACGAAGUGCUGAUAAUUUAAAGAAGGGUCGUAAGAAGCGGGCACAAGCUAACACAGAACUAACAUGGAGAAAUGGUUGGAAUGAAACAACAGCAACUAACUACUGUAACAAAUUAUUUGACAAUUCCACGUUUGUUGGAAAAUGUAAAACCAUUCCGAAUGUUGACCUAUCAUUUCCCAGAGACAAUUGUGUACAAGAUAUUAAGUUUAUGGGAGAUACAAGUUUUGCUUUGGUAGCUAUAGAGACUAUAGUAAACCAGUGUAUUCGUGAGGUGACCUAUGAUUCAACAUAUCAUAGUCCACCCAACGGCGAAACAACAUCUCUUCUAGAAGCAAUUAAAGAUGUGGCUUGUCCUUUAGAUUGUUCCUAUCAUGGUACCUGUAACAAAGGUGUGUGCACAUGUGACUCAGGGUGGGCAGGAAAUGAUUGUUCAAUGGACAUCAGUAUAGUGCCAGUGGUAGAUCAUAUUGCUAAUGAAGGGUAUUGUGAUUUGAAUGAUAGAAGUUGUGAUGCUAUAUCGGUUUAUGGUGGAGAUUUUAUCGAUGAUUCAUCAACUCUUUGCAAAAUAUCCUCUUAUCAAAUAAUGGACAAUGGUGACUUCGGACCAAAGUCUGAAAUAGAGGAACCAUCAAUAGUUAAAAGUAUUGGCGAAGUACAGUGUGGACUGGGUAAAUCGAGGAAAAAGAGAUCAACUAGAUCUCAACCUGGCAAUGAAUUUGUCAAAGUGUACAGUGUUUCUGUUAGUAAUAAUGGUGAAGCGUACAGUAAUAGUAGUUUGGUUGUGAUCUUCAACUCUAUGUGCCAGUUCUGUACAAUAACGGCUGCUAACGAUGUACAAUGUAAUUACACGGGUGAUUUCUGUAUAUCAGAAGGAACGUGUUACGGUAAUGGCGAACCUCAUUCUCAACAUACGUGCUAUACUUGCUCUGUUGAAAAUGGUGCUAGGGAAUGGGUCAAAGGAGGUGACUGUGAUGAUGAUAUGUUAUGGAUUAUUGGUGUGGUAUUAGGUGUUGUUUUAAUUCUUGUUAUUAUUGCUAUUCUUGUUUAUUGUGUAGUGAAGAAAAACAAAACCCAAGUUGGCAGCAUUGAUAAUAAGACUUCUCCACCACCAUACAAAUCUGGUGUCUGUUUAUUUAUACUGUAAAACGUCAUGAAAAAUGUUAAUAUUUCUUUCUCUCAUAUUUAGCUACUUUAUUGUAUUUAAUGAUGAUUCAUUUUGAUAAAUAAAUAAUGUGAUAAUGCA